AUGGUAUUUUCAAAAAUACCUUUAAUUGAGCCCUACGAUUAUGUUGAACUUGGCAAAAUUAUAGAACUUCCAAAAAUUAUCAAAUCACGAAGAAAAUGGAAACGUGGCUACAGCUCUUUGUUACUUUUGACAAAGAGUCAGGAUGCGGGUGCUGGUGUUCUUGCGACAGAAAAAGUUAAAAGUUUUGAUCAAGGAAGUUGA